AGCUCGCCAACCUUUGUGAGGUUUGACCGGUACACAACACAACGCUGCAACACCCCCAAAUCCCUCUCUUGUUGUUGUUGUUGUGUUGUAGCAGCCCCUCACUCUUCCUUCCAUCAAUGGCUGCCGACAAAUCUCCAACUCUAGCUGAGGAAUAUUUUGUGAAUGACAAACAGGAGAAAACAGAUGUAAUUGAAAAACCUGUUGAAGUCAAAGAAGUUGAAAACUCAAAGGUGGCUGCUUCUGAGGAAGCUGUUGUUGAGAAAACUGUGCAAGAAACAACUCCUGUGGCACGCACAGUUACUGAGGAAAGCAGUGAAGUCACCCCUCCUGCUGAAGAAAGCACUAAAGAUCAAAGUAGUGGCAGUGUUGAAGAAGAGAACUCGGGUGAUCAAGACGCAGCUGAAGAGACCGCAGAAAUUAAGCUUGAGACUGCUCCAGCAGAUUUCCGUUUUCCAACUACAAAUCAAACAAGGCAUUGCUUUACCCGAUACAUUGAAUAUCAUCGGUGUGUAGCUGCAAAAGGAGAAGGUGCACCAGAAUGUGAUAAGUUUGCUAAAUAUUAUCGUUCUCUUUGCCCUGGUGAAUGGAUUGACAGAUGGAAUGAGCAAAGGGAGAAUGGAACAUUCCCGGGUCCGCUGUAGGUGGCGCACGUCUGAAAUAGCUGCACAAUUCGCUUGCAGUAUUAUAUUUAAAAUUGCUAGAGAUAAACUCUCAAACCUUUGGGGAAUGUUCAAUGUUACUCAUUGGGUUAAUAAGAAAUUUUGGCUGUCUAUUUGAACUAGCUUGAGUUGUACAAAUUCCAGGAAACGCAUCUGGUGAAAUGUCCAGAGAUAUGAAGUAUCAUUUACCGGAUUCUUUACCCUA